AUCAACCCACGACAAACCUUUGUUAAGUUUCAGGGUGACAUUCCCAAAAGUCUAGAUUCUGAAUAUAGCAACUUAUUUGGUCAUAUGAGGAAUCAUGGGUUCACAUGCCACUCUCAAACAUGCAACACAUGCAGGAGGAGGGAGAGACAGACCGUAGAAAAGCAAACAGACAACACAGCUGGUGUCUGCAGGAGGGUAAAGAGGUGAAGCGACAUGCAACAAUAAUAGCAGUAUCCAAAGAGUGGAUUCCUACUGGAUGUACAGGAUUUUCUCUGUUCUUCUUCCUCAUAAACUGUGAAAAAAUCCACAGAGUCAUCCUGGCUGUGUGCAGUGACUACUUCCGUGGGAUGUUCACCUUGGGGAUGAGGGAGUCCCAUCAGCCCUGUGUGACCCUUCCCUUCCUUUUGGCUUCAGAGCUGGAGGUUCUAAUUGACAGCUCCUACACUGGGGCUCUCCCCCUCAGCUGGAAGUAUGUCUUUGAGAUCACCAGCACUGCUCUCCAGCUCCAGUAUCAACCCGCCCUCUCCUUGUGCCUUAACUUCCUGCCUCAAGAAAUAAAUCCUCACUCCUGUCUGGAUUUGGCAUCUUUUGCUGAGGCCUACGAGAUGGCUCAGCUUCUUGAAGUUGCAGACGAUUAUUUCUUGCGUCAAUUCCAAAAGGUGGCAUGCACCUCAAAGUUCAAGGACCUGCCAGCCAAACAACUCCUGAAGUACCUGAAUAGUCGUUCACUCUAUGUUCCAUCCGAGCUUGUUUUAUUCAGAGCAGUGGUGGCAUGGAUCCAAGCAAAACCCAAAUUAAGGCUGAAGUUUGCUAAAGAUCUAAUGAAAACCAUCCACUUCUCCCUGAUGACGUCCAAGGAAUUCAAAGAGGUCCAAUCUCUGAAAAUGUGGUCUGAUCACAGCCUGGCAAAGCUCUAUAAAGCAGUUUUUGAGGAUUUCUGCUCCAAUGAAAGUCAGUGUCGGACCUAUUUGCCGAAAGAGAGUCUGGUCUUGAUUGGAGGUGACCAGAACUCUGGAGACAGCCGCAGCAUCAGCAGAGAAGUCUGGUUUGGGAAUUCCUUAAGGAACUAUAAAUGGGGGGAAAAGGCCAUGGAGUGGAGAAAGUUAGGAGAGAUGCCAGAGCCAGAGAGGUUCAGUCAUGAGGUGGCUGUCCUCAAAGGACAACUAUACGUGUUUGGAGGCAACAAGUAUUAUGGCAUUAGCGACAGCAUGAAUUCUGUUUACAGGUAUGACCCUUUUCAAAACAACUGGGAGAGCCUGGCUGAAAUGCAACAAAAGAGAGACUCUUUCUCUGUGGUUGUUCUGGACGGAAAGAUAUAUGCCAUUGGCGGACAUAGUGACAAUGAAUAUAUAGAGAGUGUGGAAUGCUUCUGCCCCACUGGAAACUCUUGGAACUUCAUGUGGCCCUUGGAUCUGCCUCUGGGGGGCCAUGUAGCAAACGUUUCACAAGGGCGGAUCUUUGUCUCAGGAGGGUUGAGCAGCCACCACCAAUUUCUUUCAUCCAUGUUUCUUUACCACCCAGAGACAGGAAGCACUUAUUUGGCAAACAUGGCCAAACCUCGAGCAUGUCACUGCAUGGAGACCCUGGGUGAAUGUCUUUAUGUAGCGGGUGGAUUCACUGCAGCUGAUGACAUGAGUUUUGUUGACCAGCUAGCCUGUGAAGUGUACAAUCCAGUGGAUGACUCCUGGACUGCCUUCACACCUCUGCCAGUGCCACAUGUAGGAGCAGGAGGUGCUGUUUUGGAGGGAAAGUUUUAUGUGCUGGGUGGAUACAGCCAGGAGAACCACCGUGACACUAAGCUGGUCCAUCGUUAUGAUCCCACCACACAGAACUGGGAGAACAUGGGCAAGAUGCCAGGGCCGAACAAUGGCAUACGAGCAACUGUGCUGUAUUUGCCACCACAAUUCCGAUUGUAAGACAUACAUAUAUGUCAUUAGUGUAUUGUUGUUUUAUAGUUUGAUACUGAAUGUUAGGUUACCUAUUGCAUGUUAAUGACAGUGAUAUUUUUGUAAUUUAGAAAACAUUCUUCCACGAUGUAAGGAUGUUUAAAAAGUAUCUCACCAUAGAUUGAUAUCUUGAUCAAGGUCAGUUUAUCUUACACAGUACCUCAAUGAAACCUAGAGGCAUGCAAACGAUAGGAUAUCUAUGUAACAUAGAGCAUUUUUUCUGCUAUAUAAUCAAAUUAACUGCACAGUGUUCAGAAGGUACUGUAAUGAAAAUGUUUAUGUUUUAGUUAGGGAUGGGAUUAUAGUUAUUUCCAUAACAAAACAAGGAAUACAAAUAUAUUUACACUAACUACUGCAAUAACCAACUAUGAACACAAGAUGGAGCUAUUCACUCGUGUUCAUGGUUGGCAUACUUACAUAUUUUAACAAUACAUACUUUUAGUGUAAGGCUGGUGAACACAUUUUGUCAUUGCAAAGCUGUCUUUAGUCACCACAGACAGGAAAAGAGACAUUGUAAGAAGUAUGUUUUGCAUGUAUUGUUCUAAAGAAGCUUCACACAUUCAUAUUUUCAUUAAAAUUUACUUUAAAACAUGCAUGGGAUUUUGAGA